GCCCAAUUCCCUUGCAAAUCCCCUGAAUUUUUGCACCAGCAGGAACUCUCAAUAACAUAUCCCUAAUGACUGCCCAGUACUCCCCUAGUACCCCCAUCAGGUGUUCAUCAUCGUCAACUCCUUCAUCUCCAUUACCGUCGUCGCCUUUAAAUCCAUUUUAUCGCCAGCAUAAUCCACCCUCACAGCGGCGCCCAUCUUUGAAGAGCGGUUAUCAAACGCGCCUUUCCGGACCUACUCUCUCAGGUGUACCAGAAGAUCCUCAAAAAGCUCUCUGGCGUGAGAAACUUCGUCAGCAAUUCCUGCAACGUACGGAACGUGAUAGGCAAAAGUAUCGAGAAUCCAAGAGGACAUCUUCUACUCAACGGUCCUGUGAUGAUGCUACUUUUGGCGCUGCCAUGGACGAGAUGGACUCUGAUGAAAUUGACCCCGAUGACUACGAAAUGUAUCGUUUAAUGAACAUAAACGAGAGAAGACGCGAAGAACACGCGUUGAGAGCCCAAUUUGCGCGAACAGUUGGUUCGUCUCUUGACCCCAACAUGGACAAUUUUGAAGAGAUUGAGCGUUUCCUAACGGGGCCACCGCCAAUCGAGCUUGAGGAACAGUUUCCUGCAAGCCGAUUUGAGCCUAUUCCUUCUGAAUUUGAUAUCGGUGAUGAUGAAGUUUCAUUGGUUGACCCUGUUGCAAUGGAUAUCGCCAUGGAUUUGAGUUCGCCACCAGCGUCAUCGCCCCCUAAUUAUGACUGCUCCCUUCCCACCAAAGAAGAGGACACCUCCUUCCAAUCACUGAUACUUGAUUGUCCUUGUCCCUUCUGUAAUGCACCAUACGCCCUGCAUUUCCACGACGACGCAGAGAAGAGUAAUUUCGAAUGUGCUGUGUGCAACAAUGGCUUCUUGCUCGCCAGCGCGCGAUUAUCUUGGGACUCUUUUCACCCGAAUCCAUCACCCGCCCACACCCCCGUUCUGAUUGUAGAUCCAGCCUUAGCAGAAGGUGUGGUAGCGUUAUGUUCCGAUGAUUCUUGUCAGUGGGGGUGUGCUUUCUCGAUCUUAUGAUUUUAAGAUGAUCCCGAACAAAGUACUUAGUGUAAUGAUUUUCGAAUCGCUCUAGGGUACUGUACUUUAUAAAUUUCCGAUUAUGUAGUUAUUGAUCAUCAAUUCAAUG